CGCCGUGGAGAGGGGCGGGGCGGAGGCCGCUGCGUCCGCGCGUCGCUGGGAGGUUCGGCCGAGCCCGGGCCCGGCCUGUGGGAUACAUCUUAAACACCAUACAGAAUUUCAGGAUGACUGACACUUCUAAAGCUGUUCCAAAUUUCGAAGAGAUGUUUGCAAGUAGAUUCACAAAGGACGACAAAGAGUACCAGGAGUACUUGAGACACCCUCCGGAAUCUCCCCCAAUUAUUGAGGAGUGGAAUAGCAGAGCCGGUGGGAACCACAGAAACAGAGGCAAUCGGUUGCAGGAUAACAGACAGUUUAGAGGUAGGGACAGCAGACGGGGAUGGCCAAGCGACAAUCGAGCUAAUCAGUGGCACGGGCGAUCCUGGGGCAACAAUUACCCUCGGCACGGACAGGAGCCUUACUACCCCCAGCAGUGUGGACAGCAUGGCUAUGGCCAACAGCCUCCCUAUGGCUACUACUGAGGACGUGCACGCGCAGUUCAGAGAAGCCAUUUGCGUUGCCAGCAUGAGUCUAUGUGCUGCAUGCUGGUUAUUUUCCAUCCUAUUUCAGGGCCUGGGCUGGUAAUUUUUUGGAAUUUAAAACUAAAAAAAAAAAAAAAAUCUUCCUAGAAUGAGGUUAUGGUUGCUGGAAUACGAAUCCCAUCCAAAACUCUGUGAGUUACACUGCUUGGCUUCUUGGAUUCAUUAAUCCUACGGCUUCAUAGUGCUCUGGGUUUGCUAUGUUUUCCAUGUUUGAUCUACAGAAGUUCUGCUUUCAACACAGAAAUAAAAACUUGAAAAUAACAGAAAAUGCUUGCUUUUACUUUGUAGGGUAAAGGAAUAACCACAUUCCUAGUUGGGUUUUGUUUUGACCUUCUCCAGCAGUUUGCAGUGAAUCUGUGAAGGCAGUCAGACGACCCUGACGAGCCUUCAGACCCGCCUUGUGGUAUCACCAAGCCAGAGGAACAGCAUUCGGGCUGUUUGGAGUCUGGUGUUUCAGUGUUUUCAAUGUAUGGUGCUAAAUCUCUGAUUGAUUGAUUGAUUGUAUGUAUGUAUGUAUGUGUGUGUGUACGUACGUGUGUGUACAUA